AUGGGCCCCUGUGGUGACUUUGAUUUUCCAAGUUGGACGGUCCUGAGCAAGCGACUCCCAAGUACUAAGGUUGAUGUCCAGGAUUUUGUCCUUCCUCCUGGUGUGGAGAAGUCUGCAGAGACAGUUCAAGUGGAAGUGAUUGAGCUGUUUGACGUGUCUGCUGUGGACAGCCCAGGUCACACUGGUAUAGAGAAGGGUGGUGAGUACCACAGAACAGUAGCCCUGCAGUUUGGUGGUAAGGCCAAGACCCCUUCACUCCCAGACAUUCUCACAGAAUCUUCCAAAGGCUCCUGGCUCCUGGUGUGGUUCCUGGUACCUCUCAUAAAAACUAAGGAUAUUGCUGACAAUGACUUGUGGCUUCCACUGGCUGUGAUUUCCUCACUGCAGGUCAAUCUUGACAAGAAUUUUGCAUUCUUGGAAUUCAGAUCAAUUGAUGAAACAACUCAAGCAAUUGCUUUUGAUGGUAUUAAUUUUAAAGGGCAAAGUUUAAAAAUCAGACGACCUCAUGAUUACCAACCAAUGCCAGGCAUGUCAGAGCAUCCAACUCUAACUACCAUGCCAGGUACGACACAGAUCCCAGUUAUUGCAGGUGUGGUUUCAACUGUGGUGCCUGAUUCACCUCAUAAGAUCUUCAUUGGUGGACUGCCUAACUACCUCAAUGAAGAUCAGGUUAAAGAGCUGCUUAUGUCAUUCGGUCAGCUACGAGCAUUUAACCUGGUCAAGGAUUCUGCUACUGGACUGUCUAAGGGCUAUGCCUUCUGCGAAUAUGUAGAUGUCAGUCUCACUGAUCAGGCCAUCCAUGGACUAAAUGGAAUGCAGCUAGGAGACAAGAAGUUAGUGGUGCAACGUGCAAGUGUAGGAGCCAAGAAUGCUAAUGCCAUGGCUCAAGCUCCAGUGCAGAUCCAGGUUCCUGGCCUGCAGCUGCAAAGUGGCUCAGGGCCUGCUACAGAAGUUCUCUGCCUCAUGAAUAUGGUAAUGCCAGAUGAGCUUAAAGACGAUGAAGAGUACGAGGACAUCCUUGAGGAUAUUCGUGAGGAAUGUAGCCGAUAUGGUAUUGUGCGAUCAGUUGAAAUUCCGCGGCCAGUUGAAGGAGUUGAAGUUCCGGGGGUUGGCAAGGUUUUUGUAGAGUUCAAUUCAGUACUGGAUUGUCAGAAAGCACAGCAAAACCUUACUGGACGCAAGUUUGCAAACCGUGUAGUUGUCACAUCUUACUUUGAUCCAGAUAGAUAUCAUCGGCGUGAUUUCUAAAUGAGAAAAUCGGUGCCCCCUUACCAGUUAUGGCAUGUGUAACUUUUAUCAAUGCCUGAUAGUUGCUGUGAUUUCACAAUGAAAAUGUAAAUGGCUCGAGAAUUUCUUCAUCCACGUUUGACCAUUUUAGUUUGUACUUUUUCAUCGGCAUACUUUAUAGUUACUAAAUGACUGCUAUUAUUCCUUCCAAUUACAAAACUGAAAUAUUUUUUCCAUUACAAUGAAAUCUCAAUACUAAUAUCAAUUAUGUUAAUUGUAUGCUAUUGAAAGGUAAAGUUCAAUUUAAUUUUGUAUGAAAUUUGUUUCAGUAUACUUUAUUCCUAUUAGAGAUAAUUUGGUUUAAAGUUUCAUUUUAGUUUUAUGUUUUUAGCACAUUUAGUAAAACAGAUUUUCUUUAAUCUGGUAACAUGCUCCAUUAUAUUGUAUGUAUUACAUCGCAUCCCUUACCCUUUGAAACAUUAAAGUCUCUUGUCAGU